AUGUUGGCCAGCAGAUGGCCCACCGCCAGGGCUCUUCAGAAGACGCCCUUGCAAUGUCUGCAUCAGGCAUCCUAUACUUCCCGGUAUAUCCGAACAGUAUCGCGGGCGCGCUUGUCGAAGGGGACACAUCUGGCACUCCUGGCACCUCGCCGUGUUGUCCGGUUCCAUGGUUCGACGCGGCAUCUUGCAGCGACGGUCGAGUCACCAUCGUCCCCCGAGACGCCGCAGCCGUACUCGCCGCCAACCUCGGGGAUCCUGGCACGCCUUCCCUCGUCAUGGGUUCCCUACGCUGAGUUGAUCCGUCUCGACAAGCCGACGGGCACCUACUACCUCUUCUUCCCAUGCCUGUUCAGCACUCUCUUGGCGGCACCCCUGGCCACGCCCAUGGCCUCUCCCCUCUCAGUCAUAGGCACUACUGCCCUGUUCUUCUCUGGAGCCCUCAUCAUGCGCGGUGCAGGCUGCAGCAUCAACGAUCUCUGGGAUAGGAACUUGGAUCCUCACGUCACGAGGACGCGCCUGCGACCCAUCGCGCGAGGCGCAAUCACUCCUUUCAAGGCCUUGACCUAUACGGGCUUUCAGCUGCUAGCAGGGCUUGGGAUACUGCUGCAGUUUCCCACCAGCUGCCUCUUCUACGGGAUUCCAAGUCUGAUACUGGUGGCCUGCUAUCCGCUAGCCAAGCGAGUGACCUACUACCCACAGGCCGUCCUAGGUCUCACCUUCUCCUGGGGAGCCAUCAUGGGCUUCCCGGCUCUGGGCGUAGAUCUACUGUCGAACAGCGCAGCGUUGACCGCAGCUGGGUUCCUCUACGCCAGCAAUGUCGCCUGGACUGUGCUGUACGACAUGAUCUACGCACACAUGGACAUCAAGGACGACGUCAAGGCGGGCAUCAAGAGCAUUGCGCUCAAGCAUGAUGCCGAGACGAAACAGGUCCUCACCGGCCUUGCCGCCGUGCAGCUCGGACUCCUGGGCGCCGCCGGGUGGGCCGCGGGUGCCGGGCCGCUUUUCUUCGCAGGGAGCUGUGGAGGAGCUGCGCUUACGUUGGGGUACAUGAUCAAGAAGGUGAAUCUCAAGAGCGUCAAGGACUGCUGGUGGUGGUUUGUCAAUGGAUGUUGGAUCACUGGCGGUGUAAUCACCUUAGGUCUCGGGGCUGACUACGUCGUGAGAUAUACGAAGGGGGAACAGACCGCUACCGGAACCGAGGCGUAA